AUGGCUGAAACCAGGUUGGAUAGUCAGAUGGCCGAGCCAUCAGUGAUUGUGGCCAAGGCAAAGUUCAGUUUUGAGGGCAAAAACAAUGACGAACUGUCCUUCUCGAAGAACGACAUGAUAACCAUCACCCAGCAAAUCGAAGGAGGGUGGUGGGAAGGGACAAUUAACGGUAAAACAGGAUGGUUCCCUGCCAAUUAUGCGAGUAUCAUCACCGAAAAAGACAAGUUAAUGCGAUCGAAAUCCGUGCCAAAUGCAAGUGCUUUAGCGAAUGGUAUCAACGCUUCGAAUGGGAUAUCGGUAAGCGGCGACGUGGUCAACUCCAACGCAUCCCGCUCUCAAUUUCGUGCAGAAAUAAUGCGUGAUUUUAUACGAUCCGAAGAGGCCUAUGUGGCUAGCGUGCAGAGAACUCAUGAAGAGCUUUUGCUGCCCAUUAGAGCGGCAGGCAUGUGA